AGCCACUUGGCGUUGCUCAACAGAUCUAUCCAUGACACUACUAUAGGGUAUGAUAGACUUUAGAAAACUAUCUUCCACUAACUUACCUCCUUAUAAUUAUUUAAUAUUUUCUCUUGUAACAAGACUAUCCUAUCGGGGAGUGAUCAUAUUAGAGAACUUCAAACUUGCACCACCGCAAAGCUACUUCCGUCUUCUUUUCUAAUUUUAUGCAGCGGCAUGACGGUCAUCUUACCAAAUGGUUUAAUUUUGACCUACUAUUUACGCUUUGUGUGGGUAUAGGUGUCUAUACGGUACAACCGUGAUGAUCCUCCGGGAUAGCACAUAGAGACUGCAGCCCAGUAAAUUAUAGAUGGGGGGCCACAACACGAGAUUCCAACUUUCCAGUUUGAUUUUGUGUCAUGCGGUUUCCAUACACUCUUGCAGAGACGAGAGAUGAGCCCUAUGUACUGUACAGUCUAUACGAAUUACCCGACUACUCUAGUGUCUACCAGUACUGGUACCUAAAUACCUAGUGUUAGGAGUUGGGAUGUUAUCCAUGAAACAACUAUCGGAUAUCCCCAUUGGCUCGUUGUUCCUUGGGCGAAUCCGACGUAUCACGUGAUGUACACGGCCUCAAUUUUCCCUCCCGGAGCAUCCUCCGAUCUGGAGACUCCGCGGGAACGUCGCUCAGCCAUUGCUGGUACCGCACCAAUUCAAAAUGCAGAAGAUUAUUCGAAGGACGGCCGUGGCAAGGAAUCAAGCUCAGCGGAAGGUCAUUCGGACCGCUAAAGGCAAUGAACGUCAAGAAGCCAAAGACUUCCUAAGACAACAGUUCGCUGCAAACCGCACGACACUCGAUAACAUUCGCUCCGAGAGACAACGACGACGUGAUGACUGGCUCCGCGGACCUGUCGCACCUCGACACGAUAUAAGUCUGGAGAAAAAAACAUUUGGUGCCCUGGACGCACAGGUAAUGAACCCACCGACUGUCCCCAAGCACCUACGGAGGAAGUAUAUCAAUAUCGCUGUGGGAGAUCGAGUGUGUGUUAUGAAGGGCCACGACAAGGGCAAGAUCAAUGAGGUCAUCCGUGUAUCUCCAGAAUCUGAAACGAUUACAGUGAAAGAUCUCAACGUGGCCGAUGUUCAUCUCCCGAGCUGGCUUGCCUCUCAGAGCGGACAGAAGGGCAAUGUCUCUCCAGUUCCCAUGCCAAUCUCUCUAGAUGACGUCCGACUCGUUGUUGCCCUUGACGAUCCGGCCACUGGACAGACGCGAGACGUCUUGGUUGAACACGUCUACGGAGGGGGGCCGAUCCUUGAACGAGAUCAUGGUUCAGAUACCCCUAGACAUACCAGGUAUAUUACCGGCGAAAACAUUGAAAUUCCAUGGCCUCGCAGUGAGCCUCCCAAAUUUAAGGACGAAGAGUGGGAUACGCUACGCAUGGAAGUUGAGACACCAACUUGGACACCAUCGCUGCAUUAUGCGCCGUUCCCUCCUAGUGUCAUGGAUGAGCUUCGGAAUAAAUUCUCCAAAUACCGUACGCGACACGAUCCGGAGUGGGUUGAGGCGAAGAAGAUGGAAGAUUACAGAAAGGAGUACCUUCAGAGCAGGUCUUUGUUGACACCAAAGGGUGAACUUAUGGCUCUAUUACGGGCCAAAAAAGAGGAACGCCUUAAUGCGAGAAGGGACGCCAACGGCAACAUGCUCAUGGACAACCAGACGGCCGGGUUCAUUGAGAAUUUCUUGAAAGAGAAAGUGGCAAACAAAGCGUAAUCGGCUCAGGUGGAAUUCACCGGUUUUCGAUGGGGAGAAUGUCUAGGGGAAUAAUAUCUUCUCCUCUUUAAUUUGUUUAAAUGGAUG